AUGGCAGCAUGGUGCCAGAGGCUGGGGCUGCCUCACAGCGCCAAGCCAGGCUGGGAACAGGGUGAGCUGGGCCUGAAGCCCCCAGUACCCAGGGCCAGGCCAGGAGACAGUCAGACAGAUCCUGUCCCCAGGUGUCACGAUCCCUCUGCUUUGUGUCAUUCCCAGUGGGUGCUGGCCUUUGAGAUCUUCAUCCCUCUGGUGCUCUUCUUCAUCCUUCUGGGGCUGCGGCAGAAGAAGCCAACAAUCCCUGUGAAGGAAGUCUCUUUCUACACGGCAGCCCCACUCACCUCAGCCGGGAUCCUGCCCGUCAUGCAGUCCCUGUGCCCCGAUGGCCAGCGUGAUGAGUUCGGCUUCCUGCAGUACUCCAACUCCACGGUGACACAGCUCCUAGAGCACCUCAGUGAAGCAGUGGAGCAGAGCAACCUCUUCGACCCGCAGCACCCAGGGCUGGAGGAGGAGCUGGAGUCUCUGCGCCAGCGCCUGGAGGCACUCAGCCGCAAUGCGCCCAGCUCCAUGGAGACCCACUUCAGUGACCGAGCAGGAUCUGGCUUUACACUGGCAUGGGCGGCCAAGGACCGAGACGAGCUGCACCGCUUCCUGAUGCAGAACCUGUCCCUCCCCAACAGCACAACCGAGCUGCUCCUGGGCUCCAGCAUUGACCUGCGGGAGGUGUACCGCCUGUUUUUCGGUUCCUUUCCUUUGGUACCUGAUGAGGCCCAUGAGCAAGACCUGUGGGACGGGUUUGGCCCUGGUGAGAAAAUGACACAGCUGGAGAAGAGCCUCCCCAGUGGCUGGAGAAGCCUGCAGGAAGGGCUGGUCCACAGGGUGCUGCAGGACCCUGCGGCAGCCCCGCACCGGCCAGUGCUGCUCCGCCUGCUCUCCCAGGCCCUGGGCCUCGCCAGCACCACCCUGGCACCCACCACCUCUGACAACCCCCAGGCCUUUGUCACUGAGAUGGAGGGUGUCCUCUUCACCGGGCCGGUGCUGGAGCAGCUGACUUGUGAGCAGAGCCCGGGGGGGCUGCGCCACCUCCUGCACGUGGCCCCCAGGCAGCAGCCACUGCUGCAGGCGUACCGAGCACUGGCCUGCAAUGGCAGCCGGGCCGCCCGCCGGGAACGCUUCACCCAGCUGGCUGCUGAGCUCCGGGACCAGCUGGACACCCCCAAGAUCAUCAGCAGGCUGAAGCUGGAUGAGGUGAACAGCACGGCCACCCAGCACCGCCUCCGUGCCCUCCUGGAGGACCUGGUGGAGAUGGAGAAGGUUCUCCGGGACGUGGACAUCCUCUCGGCACUGGCCAAGCUGCUGCCAAGGGGAGCCUGUGCCAGCAAGGCCCCGCCACCCACUGCUAACAGCACUGGCUGGGCUGGCACCAACACCACGGCUGGCAACGCCACAGCAGAGGAGGAGGGUGCUGGGGGAGGGUUGGCCAGUGGCGACAACCCCCAGGGACAGUUCUCGGCGUUUGUGCAGCUGUGGGCUGGGCUGCAGCCCAUCCUCUGUGGCAACAACCGGACAAUUGAGCCUGAGGCGCUGAAGCAGGGCAACAUGAGCUCGCUGGGCUUCACCAGCAAGGAGCAGCGAAACCUGGGCCUCCUCGUGCAUUUGAUGACCAGCAACCCCAAAAUCUUGUAUGCGCCCGUGGGCACUGAAGUGGAUAAGGUCAUCCUAAAGGCCAAUGAGACCUUUGCCUUUGUGGGCAACGUCACCCAUUACGCCAAGGCGUGGCUGAACAUCUCCCCUGAGAUCCGUGCCUACCUGGAGGAGGGCAGGCUGCAGAGGCGCAUCCGCUGGCUCCAGCAGUUCACUGCUGACCUCCACAAGCACCCAGAGAUCCUGAAUAUCUCUGACAGUGAUGUUCUCCACAACUUUCUCAAUGGCAACUUCUCCAUGCCCAACGCCAGCGUCCUUCUCCAGCAGCUGGACGCCAUCGACAAUGCUGCCUGCGGCUGGAUCCACUUCAUGGCCAAGGUCAGCGUGGACAUCUUCAAAGGCUUCCCAGAUGAGGAGAGCAUCGUCAAUUACACACUGAACCAGGCCUACCAGGACAACGUCACAGUCUUUGCCAGCGUCAUCUUCCAGACCAACAGGGAUGGCUCCCUGCCCCCGCAUGUCAUGUACAAGAUCCGGCAGAACUCCAGCUUCACAGAGAAGACCAACGAGAUCCGGCGGGCGUACUGGCGGCCUGGCCCCAACACCGGCGGCCGCUUCUACUUCCUCUACGGCUUUGUCUGGAUCCAAGACAUGAUGGAGCGCGCCCUCAUCAACACAUUUGUUGGCCAUGAUGUGGUGGAACCUGGCAACUAUGUGCAGAUGUUCCCAUACCCGUGUUAUACCCGGGACGACUUCCUCUUUGUCAUUGAGCACAUGAUGCCCCUGUGCAUGGUGAUAUCCUGGGUCUACUCAGUGGCCAUGAUGAUCCAGCACAUUGUGACGGAGAAGGAGCAUCGCCUGAAAGAGGUGAUGAAGAUGAUGGGCUUGAACAAUGCGGUGCAUUGGGUGGCUUGGUUCAUCACUGGCUUUGUCCAGCUCUCCAUCUCAGUCACGGCGCUCACUGCCAUCCUGAAGUAUGGCAAGGUCCUGAUGCACAGCGAUGUCCUCAUCAUCUGGCUCUUUCUCGCCAUCUACGCAGUGGCCACCAUCAUGUUCUGCUUCCUGGUAUCGGUGCUCUACUCCAAGGCCAAGCUGGCUUCUGCCUGCGGUGGCAUCAUCUAUUUCCUCAGUUACGUGCCCUACAUGUACGUGGCCAUCCGGGAGGAGGUGGCGCAUGACAAGAUCACGGCCUUUGAAAAGUGCAUUGCGUCUCUCAUGUCCACCACGGCCUUUGGGCUGGGUUCCAAGUACUUUGCACUGUAUGAGGUAGCUGGCGUGGGCAUCCAGUGGCACACCUUCAGCCAGUCGCCUGUAGAAGGGGAUGACUUCAACCUCCUGCUGUCCAUGAUGAUGCUGAUUGUGGAUGCCGUGGUGUACGGGGUGCUCACGUGGUACAUUGAGGCUGUGCACCCGGGCAUGUUCGGCUUGCCGCGGCCCUGGUACUUCCCUUUCCAGAAGUCCUACUGGCUGGGCAAUGGGCGAGUGGAAACCUGGGAGUGGACCUGGCCCUGGUCUCGCACCACUCGCCUCAGCAUCAUGGAGGAGGAUCAGGCCUGUGCCAUGGAGAGCCGGAGGCUGGAGGAGACACGGGGCAUCGAGGAGGAGCCAACCCACCUUCCCUUGGUUGUCUGCAUUGACAAGCUCACCAAGGUCUACAAGACAGACAAGAAGCUGGCGCUGAACAAGCUGAGCCUCAACCUCUACGAGAACCAGGUGGUGUCCUUCCUGGGGCACAACGGUGCAGGGAAAACCACCACCAUGUCCAUCCUCACCGGCUUGUUCCCUCCAACCUCGGGCUCCGCUACCAUCUAUGGCCAUGAUAUCCGCACAGAGAUGGACAAGAUCCGGAAGAACCUGGGCAUGUGUCCCCAGCACAACGUGCUCUUCGAUAGGCUAACGGUGGAGGAACACCUCUGGUUCUACUCGCAGCUCAAAAGCAUGGCAGAGGAGGAGAUCCGCAAGGAGAUGGACAAGAUGAUUGAGGACCUGGAGCUCUCCAACAAACGCCACUCCCUGGUGCAGACUCUCUCGGGGGGCAUGAAGAGGAAGCUGUCAGUGGCCAUUGCCUUCGUGGGUGGGUCACGAGCUGUGAUCUUGGAUGAGCCCACAGCUGGUGUGGACCCGUAUGCACGCAGGGCCAUCUGGGACCUCAUCCUCAAGUACAAGCCAGGGAGGACCAUCCUGCUCUCCACACAUCACAUGGAUGAGGCCGACCUGCUGGGUGACCGCAUUGCCAUUAUCUCCCAUGGCAAGCUCAAGUGCUGCGGCUCCCCGCUCUUCCUCAAGAGCACCUAUGGUGAUGGCUACAAGCUGACAGUAGUGAAGAAGCAGUCCGACACCAGGAAUGGCACAGAGCCAGGCCAGCCACAUAGCCCCCCGGCCCACUCGUCCGUCAGCCCCUGCUCGGAGCCUCGCGUCUCCCAGUUCAUCAAGAAAUACGUGGCCUCCUGCCUCCUCAUCUCAGACACCAACACUGAGCUCUCUUACAUCCUGCCCAGUGAGGCUGUCAAGAAGGGCUGCUUUGAGAGGCUCUUCCAGCACUUGGAGCAGAGCCUGGAGGAGCUGGACCUCACCAGUUUUGGGCUGAUGGACACCACACUGGAGGAGGUCUUCCUGAAGGUGUCUGAGGAGGACCAAUCUCUGGAGAACAGCGAUGCGGACAUGAAGGAGUCCAAGAAGGACACCCUGCGGCCACCUGCCCCUGAGCUGGGCCCAAAGCCUGAGGCCAAUGGGGACCCUCUGGCCGAAGCGACCGUGCCGCAGAAGCCCGAGGUGGAGCUCAGCAAUCUGGUGACAUGCUCCAAGCUGGCACAGUCACAGGCAUCCCUGCACUCGGCCUCCUCAGUGGGCUCUGUGCGGGGUGAUGAAGGUGGGGCUUAUUCCGAAUUCUUUGGGGAUUACGCGCCCCUGUUUGAUAACCAGCAGGACCCCGAUAACAUCAGUCUGCAAGAGCAAGACGCGGAGGUGGAGGCAGAGGACCAUGACCUGGCUGGGCAGGGGAGCUUCAAGCUGGAGGGCUCGUGGCUCAAGCUACGCCAAUUCCACGGGCUUAUUGUCAAACGCUUCCACUGCGCCAAGCGCAACACCAAGGCCCUCUUCUCGCAGAUCCUCCUGCCUGCCUUCUUCGUCUGCGUGGCCAUGACGGUGGCACUCUCUGUGCCCGAAAUAGGUGACCUGCCGCCCCUCAUCCUCUCACCAUCGCAGUACCACAACUACACCCAGCCCAAAGGCAACUUCAUUCCUUACGCCAACGAGGAGCGGCACGAGUACCGCAUCAGGCUGUCUCCUGACGCCAGCCCCCAGCAGCUGGUGAACACCUUCCACCUGCCCUCCGGCGUGGGGGCCACCUGUGUGCUCAAGACGCCUUUCAACAACACACUGGACCAGCCCAUGCAGACCCUCAACCUUGACAGCAACGAAUCCAAGAUGCUGGCAGCCAAGUACUUCGACGCCAUGUGCAUUGACUCCUUCACUCAGGGCCUGCCACUCUCCAACUUUGUGCCACCGCCACCAUCCCCGGCCCCUUCUGACUACCCUGUCUCUGUGGAUGAGGACGUGCCUCAUGCCUGGAACUCCACAACCUUCUCCGCCACCGUUAAAGAGACCAUGACCUCGGCCCCUGCCCUGCCCCGCAUUGUCCAUGAGCCCAUCAAGUGCACGUGCUCCAUGCAGGGGACUGGCUUCUCCUGCCCCAGCGGUGUAGGGGGUCACCCCCCACAGAUGAAGGUGGUGACAGGGGACAUCCUGGCAGACAUCACAGGGCGCAACGUCUCCGAGUAUCUGCUCUACACCUCAGACCGCUUCCGGCUGCACAGGUACGGGGCACUCACCUUUGGCAACGUCCAGAAAUCCAUCCCGGCCUCCUUCGGGGCCAGGGCUCCUGCCACGGUGCGCAAGAUCGCUGUCCGGAGAGCGGCCCAGGUCUUCUACAACAACAAGGGCUAUCACAGCAUGCCCACCUACCUCAACGCUCUCAACAAUGCCAUCCUGCGAGCCAACUUGCCCAAGAGCAAAGGCAACCCUGCUGCCUAUGGCAUCACGGUCACCAACCACCCCAUGAACAAGACGAGCGCCAGCCUGUCCCUGGAUUACCUCCUGCAAGGCACGGACGUAGUGAUUGCCAUCUUCAUCAUUGUGGCCAUGUCCUUCGUGCCAGCCAGCUUUGUGGUGUUCCUGGUGGCCGAAAAGGCCACCAAGGCCAAACACCUGCAGUUUGUGAGCGGCUGCGACCCUGUCAUCUACUGGUUGGCCAACUACGUGUGGGACAUGCUGAACUACCUGGUGCCGGCCACAUGCUGCAUCAUCAUCCUGUUCGUGUUCGACCUCCCGGCAUACACCUCUCCCACCAACUUCCCCGCCGUCCUCUCCCUCUUUCUGCUCUACGGCUGGUCCAUCACUCCCAUCAUGUACCCUGCCUCCUUCUGGUUCGAGGUGCCCAGUUCUGCCUAUGUCUUCCUCAUCGUCAUCAACCUCUUCAUUGGCAUCACAGCCACUGUCGCCACGUUCCUGCUGCAGCUCUUUGAGCAUGACAAGGAUUUGAAGGUGGUGAACAGCUACCUGAAGAGCUGCUUCCUUGUAUUCCCUAACUACAACCUGGGCCAUGGCUUGAUGGAGAUGGCCUACAACGAAUACAUCAACGAAUAUUAUGCCAAGAUUGGGCAGUUUGAUAAAAUGAAAUCGCCCUUCGAAUGGGACAUCGUGACACGGGGCCUCGUUGCCAUGACAAUCGAAGGCUUUGUUGGCUUUUUCAUCACCAUCAUGUGCCAGUACAACUUCUUCCGGAAGCCCCAGCGGCUGCCCGUCUCCACCAAACCCAUCGAGGAUGACAUUGAUGUGGCCAACGAGCGGCACCGUGUCCUGCGUGGCGACGCUGACAAUGACAUGCUGAAGAUCGAGAACCUCACCAAGGUGUACAAGUCCCGUAAGAUUGGGCGUAUCCUGGCCGUGGACCGGCUGUGCGUGGGUGUGCGGCCUGGGGAGUGCUUCGGGCUGCUGGGUGUCAACGGCGCGGGCAAGACAACCACCUUCAAGAUGCUGACGGGGGAUGAGAGCACCACGGGCGGAGAGGCCUUUGUUAAUGGGCACAGCAUCCUGAAGGAGCUCCUGCAGGUCCAGCAGAGCUUGGGCUACUGCCCUCAGUUCGAUGCGCUCUUCGACGAGCUGACAGCCCAGGAGCACCUGGAGCUCUACACCCGCCUGCGUGGCAUCCCCUGGAAGGAUGAGGAGAGGGUGGUCAAGUGGGCACUGAAGAAGCUGGAGCUGACCAAGUACGCUGACAAGCCCGCCAGCACCUAUAGUGGAGGCAACAAGAGGAAGCUGUCCACAGCCAUCGCCCUGAUCGGAUACCCAGCCUUCAUCUUCCUGGAUGAGCCCACCACAGGGAUGGACCCCAAGGCACGGCGCUUCCUGUGGAACCUCAUCCUGGAUGUCAUCAAAACGGGUCGCUCCGUGGUGCUUACGUCCCACAGCAUGGAGGAGUGCGAGGCGCUCUGCACCCGCCUGGCCAUCAUGGUGAAUGGGCGCCUCAAGUGUCUUGGCAGCAUCCAGCACCUGAAGAACCGGUUUGGCGAUGGCUACAUGAUCACAGUGCGCACCAAGUCCAGCCUCAAUAUCAAGGAGGUGGUGAGGUUCUUCAACCGCAACUUCCCUGAGGCUGUCCUCAAGGAGCGGCACCACACCAAGGCCCAGUACCAGCUUAAGUCGGACCAGAUCUCACUGGCACAGGUCUUCAGCAAGAUGGAGCAGGUGGUGGAUGUGCUGGGCAUCGAAGACUACUCUGUCAGCCAGACCACGCUGGACAACGUGUUUGUGAAUUUUGCCAAGAAGCAAAGCGACAACCUGGAGCAGCAGGAGACAAGCCCCAGCUGUGCCCUGCAAUCGCCCCUGGAGCGUGUGCUGAGCCUGCUGCGCCCCCGGGCCGCCCCCACAGAGCUGCGGGCCCUUGUGGUGGAGGAGCAGGAGGACCUGGAGACCGAUGACGAAGGCCUCAUCAGCUUCGAGGAGGAGAGGGCUCAGCUCUCGUUCAACACGGACACGCUGUGCUGAAGCCCCAGCAGCAGCCAGUGUCCCCUGGCUGUGAAGCCACUGAACCCUUUUGUCCUCUCCCCUCCCUUCACCCCGUCAAGCAGAGCUGCCAUGGCCGGUGGCACAUGCCAGGGAGGACACGGCGAGUACUGUGCUGGCCUGGACGGACCUUGCGAGCCACCCCUGGGUGGCCUUUGUCCCCUUCAGCUCUGGGGCAGUGUCACUGCAUGGUGCCGGGGCCCACUGUCCUCGGCUGGCUCGCCCAGGCAGCAUGUGCCACGGACGGAGACUGUGCAGAGGACACGGCUUGGUGCCAGCACCACCAGCCCCACGCACCUGGUAGCAGAGGAGGCUUGUGAGCGAUGCCUUUGGUUGGACACCCAUGUUGCUCCUACCCUGAGGACCCUUGGCUGAGGGACACCCUCCCCCCGGCACUGCCAGCACUGGCACCACCCCAGGCCUGGCCCUGGCAGGGCAGGAGGAAGGACAGCUGCUUUUGCCUUGUUUCCAUCACCCCUGGCUUGGUGCUUGCCCUUGGUGCUGUGUGGAGCUCAGGCUCCAGCACCGCAGGGGCAGGAGCUCUGGUGCUUCACCUACAGUUCGUUUCUGUCACUGACGGGAUGUCACCAGCGAUCUCCAGCCUGCCUGAGACGGGGGCCUUGGCCCCGCUGCUGCCUGCUGCCCACCCGUGCUGCUGUCAGCCUUGGGCUGCCAGCGCCGUGGCCCUGCCUGGCCUUGCCAUGCCUGUGCGGGGCACUUGGCACCAUCCUCAGGGCCGGGCAGCAGCGCCCCUGCAGAGGGGCACGUGGUGGGGCAGAGGGGUAUUUCACAGGGUAUUUCACACGCUGGCACCAGCUGUUUCUCCCCUCUGCCCCCAACCAUGUCCCUCCUCCCAGAGCCCCUCACCCUCCUGCCUGCCCUCACUGGCCGCUUCCCCCACCACAGGGCAUUGCUGCAGCUCUGCCACCUUUCUGCUGUGUCCUCUUCCUUGUCGCCCUUGCCCUGGCACUCAUUGUUCUGUGUCUGGCCCUGUACAGGAGCCACCUGCACUGUUUUCUUAUUGUUGGGUCACUGGUGGUUCUGGGACAGCAAUUGCUACACCCCAGGAUGGUUUUUGAAGCUGGGAGGGGUUGGCCUUGAGGUACAGGGACAAGACGGCCUGGCUGAGUGCUGGCGCAACCUGGCAGCGGUGCCUGGGGUGGUGGGGAGGGGAGGACAGACUGUGGCAGUGGGGCUGGCAGCGUCAACAGGGCCAUCAGCGGGCGCCCCUUGGCCAGCAGUGCCCCUCCUUUCUGCAGAGGGUCCUGCUGCUUUGUCACCCAUGGGGGCUGUACCCGGCACCCGUAGCCCAGCAGCACCCCACAGCUCUCCAGCACCCUGCAGCCGUGCCCAGAGAUGGAUGAUGGAUGAUGGCCUGUGACACUGACCCUGACCAGCCACCCUGUGGGUACCCCAAGCUUUUGUAGCACCCUGGGGGGGGGUGUGCACACUCCCCCCCUCCUUCCCGGGGAGCACCCAAGGCUGGGCUACCCGUGUAUGUCCCCACUGCCCUUUCUGCCUCCCUAGCAUGGGCUUGGCUGGUGGCCCCGCCUGGCUCCUGCCCACCAGCCAGCGGGCAGCACCAGCCACCCCAGCUCGCUGCCACAGGGCAACACAACCCCUGGGGCCACCCUGGCCCUACUCAAGGGCACAGGAGCUGGGGCAGAUCCAGGUGGCAGCUGACCCUCCUGCUGUCCC